UAUGGGUUAAGCUAAUUGUGCAUGUGUAAAGACAGUCAAUUUUGAUCAUAAUCAAAUUGAGAGCGAUAAGAAAUUAAGGGUGAGCAGAAAAGAAAAUUCAAUUGAAGAUGAGGAGAUUAAAUUAUUAAGAUGCAUUAUCAAAAUAUAAGCAUUAUUAAGAGGAUGGAUAAUUAGAAAGAAGUAUCAUUAUGUUUAAGUUCAAUUAUACAACAGUAAAGUGAAUAAUAUCUUAAAAUAAUUUUCAAUAACACAUUUAUCGAAAUUUAGCAAAGUAUUAUAAUAAUUGUAGCAUUUAUAUAGAUGGCCCCAUUUCCAUUCUCAGAAUAUAGAUAUUAAGAUAAUGAAAGUGAAGCAUAUGAAAAUAGAUUUUUUAGAAAUGCUGUCUUAUUAGAAAAUGGAGCUAUCUAUAUAGGAGAAUGGUUUGGAGAUAAGAAAUUUGGAAAAGGUAUUUAAAUAUGGAAAGAUGGAUCAAUAUAUGAAGGUUUUUGGAUUAAAGAUAUGGCUAAUGGUAAAGGAAGAUUAUAUCAUGCUAAUGGAGACAUUUAUGAUGGAGUAUUUAAUAAUUAAAUAAUUAGGAUUGGGAAGAUCAUAAAUCUAAAGGUUAUGGAAUAUAUAUUCAUUCUGAUGGAGCAAGAUAUGAAGGUAAUUGGAAUAAUGAUUAAUAAAAUGGAUUUGGUAUUGAAAUUUGGCCAGAUGGAGCUAAACAUGAAGGUGAAUAUUAGAAUGGAGUUAAACAUGGAAAAGGAAAGUUUGGUAAAAUAUAUAUGAUUAAAGAUUUUAGUUUGGGCUGAUAAAGCCUAAUAUUGUGGUUAAUUUUUAAACAAUUAAAUAAAUGGAAUUGGUAGAUAUUCUUGGCCUGAUGGUCGAAAGUAUUGUGGAGAAUGGUUAAAUAAUAAAAUGCAUGGUUUAGGUUUAUUUUAAUGGAGUGAUGGUAGAGUGUAUAUAGGUGAAUAUAUAGAUGAUAAAAAGCAUGGAUAAGGAAUAUUUGAAUGGUAUAUUAAUUAAUUUAAUAAAUUUAGGCCUGAUGGUAAGAAAUAUAUAGGAUAUUGGUCUGAGGGGAAAUAGCACGGAAGAGGAAUAUUUAUUGCUGGAUAAUAAAGAAAAUAAGGAGAAUGGAAAAAUGGGAAUAGAGAGAGAUGGAUUAUUUUUGAUUCAGAUAAUGAAUUAGAUUAAAUGGAAAAGAAAAUGACACAGUUAAAAGUUUAAUAUUCUUAAAUAACUGAAACAUAACUUUUAGAUAAAUCAAAAAAGGCUCUACCAUUGCCUAAUAAUUCUUUAAUUAAAGGAGAGAAAUUUAAGCCUCUUCAAAAUCAUAAUUCUUGA